GUCUCAUCUAUCUCACAAUUCAAUUCCCUUCCUCUCCCCUCUCCUUCAUGGCCGCCUCUGAACCACCGCCUGAUGAACAACCGUCGCCACAGUUUCCACCACCACUCCCUUACAAGACAUGGGUUUUGAAGGUCUCAAUCCACUGUCAAGCGUGCAAAAGAAAAGUCAAGAAAGUCUUACAAAGCAUCGAAGGGGUUUAUAUAACGGAUAUUGAUGAAAAACAGCAAAAAGUGACAGUUACUGGGAACGUUGAAGCAGAUGCCUUGAUCAAGAAGCUGAUUAGGUCCGGGAAGAAUGCAGAGAUGUGGCACGAAAAGUCUUCUUUCAACGACAAGAAAUCCGGGAACCCUAAUCAGAGACCCGAGGGAGCGAAAAGCAACGAAAAUAUUUAUUUAUUAAUUUUGAGAUAAUAAUCAAAGAGUUCAAGAUGUAGUGGGAGACUCUCAUUCUCACCCCUAUAAAUAGAGGCAUUCAUUUCAUUCUCAAGCAUCACUUGAAGCUCCACAACAUUUCUCUCUAGAGUAAAGAUUUCAAGUUAUAAAGAAGCCCGGUAGAAAUAUAUACUGAAGCUCUGCAAAAGUGGAUUGAAGAUCAAACAAUUUAAGUGAUCAAGCCAAGCUAAAGUGGACUGAAGAUCAAGCCAAUUUGAGUCCGGAGGCCAUUCAACGAAGAACAAGCCGCAUUCCGGAGGCCCUUCAGCCAAAGUUUCAAGUCAAGUCAACCAAGUGGAGAAUCAGAGGAUUUCAUUGAUAGAGAUUUUGUACCCCCGCACCUUUUGAAAUUGAAAUAUAUAUACUUUUCAUAUUUUCUUGUUCACAGAUUUUGGCACGCCCAGUGGGACAUCUCUACCUCUCAUAUCUUCACUAUCGAUCAACUCAGCAAGCAACUCUGCUAGCAAUCCGAAUGGCAUCAAGAAGCUCGGUGUUCAAGAAGUCCUAUGCCCAAGUUGCUAGUUCAAAGUCUUCAUCAAUAUCUAAUUACAAAGCUAGCCGAGAGACCGAAGGACCAUUAACCAAGAGCCGCAAGGA